CAGGUCCAGUGCCUAUGCAAGGAGACCAUGACCACUGAUGAGGCCACCAAGAGUGAAGGGGAGGUGCAGGCAGUGACCCUCACUGAGCGCGGGGAGGACAUCACACCGGCUCAAGACCGAGGGGUUCUGAAGAUCAUUAAACGACCUGGGAGUGAAGACGAGUCUCCCAUGAUUGGGGACAAGGUUUAUGUCCACUAUAAAGGCAAACUGGCCAAUGGUAAAAAAUUUGACUCCAGCCGCGAUCGGAACGAGCCCUUUGUCUUCAGCCUGGGCAAGGGUCAGGUAAUCAAGGCAUGGGACAUUGGGGUAGCUACCAUGAAGAAAGGAGAGAUCUGCUACUUGCUCUGCAAACCCGAUUAUGCAUACGGCUCUGCUGGCAGUGCCCCCAAAAUCCCCUCCAAUGCCACCCUCUUUUUUGAGGUUGAGCUGCUUGACUUCAAAGGCGAAGACUUGUUUGAGGAUGGAGGAAUAAUCCGAAGGAUCAAGAGAAAGGGGGAAGGUUACUCCAACCCUAAUGAAGGUGCUACUGUGGAGAUUCAUCUGGAGGGAUUCUGUGGCGGCAGCAGAUUUGACUGCAAAGACGUGAAGUUCAUUGUGGGCGAAGGAGAGGACCACGACAUCCCCAUCGGCAUCGACAAGGCCCUAGAGAAGAUGCAGAGGGGAGAGCACUGCAUCCUCUACCUCAGCCCACGGUAUGGCUUUGGAGAGGCGGGGAAGCCAAAAUAUGGCAUCCAGGCGAAUGCUGAGCUGGUGUACGAGGUUACACUGAAAAGCUUUGAGAAGGCCAAGGAGUCGUGGGAGAUGGACACCAAAGAGAAGCUGGAGCAGGCUGCCGUCGUCAAGGAGAAGGGCACGAUGUACUUCAAGGAAGGCAAGUACCUGCAGGCAGUGAUUCAGUAUGGGAAGAUUGUGUCCUGGCUGGAAAUGGAGUAUGGCUUGUCCGAAAAAGAGUCAAAAGCCUCUGACUCCUUCCUCUUGGCUGCUUUUCUCAACUUGGCCAUGUGCUACCUGAAGUUGCGAGAGUAUGCCAAAGCUGUCGAGUGCUGUGAUAAGGCACUGGGACUGGACCAGGACAAUGAGAAGGGCUUGUACCGAAGGGGUGAAGCCAGGUUAUUGAUGAAUGAGUUCGAGCUGGCAAAAUGUGACUUUCAAAAAGUGCUGGAAGUGAAUCCACAGAACAAAGCAGCAAAAUCUCAGAUCUCUGUGUGCCAGAAGAAAACGAAGGAGCACAAUGACCGAGACCGGAGGAUCUACGCAAACAUGUUCGCAAAGUUUGCAGAGAGGGAUGCAAAGGAAGCAGCUAGCAAAAGCGGGGUGGAAAGAGCAGCAGAGAAGGCCGCUUGUGAAAAAGGACUGAAAACUCCUGGUGCUGAAGAUGAAGAGGCUGAAGGACAUGUAUGACGGAGGAGGAGGGGAUGGGAGAGCCUCCUGCCCUUGGCCCGCACAGAAAAAGGUUUCUGCCAAACCUCGGAACUCGCCAGUGUUUUCUUGUAAGAGCUUGUUACAGUUUGUGUGAUUGUGGAAGCAAAAAGCACCUCGCAAAGAAAAACAAACCCCAUCCUAACGCCUGGAUGCGCUCACAGACAGACCAGGAGCGGCAGGAUGCCAAGGGACCACCGCAUGUGGAACAAAUAGCUUUUAAAGAGCAAGAAAAAGAAAAAAAUAAUAAAUUAAAACUCUUAGCUCUUGGGAGGUUUUUGCAGACAGCUUUUCCCAGCUCCCUUGGGUUUAUAUCCACUGUCAGCACAGCAUCCCGGGUCCUCUGAGAUGCGCUGGGAUGUGGGACAUGCUCCUCGUACACUGCAGUGCUGCCUCUGGUUGUAUCUGGCCCAUGACCA